AUGCUCUCUUUUUUCUGUAGAGAGGUUGCCCCAAUCUGGUUUGCUUCCCAUUUGUCUUUGGAUUUUCGCCAACGCCCUCAUGAUUUCACGGUCUUUAAUUGGGUUGCACAGGUGCUGAAGCAGAUGGAUGAGUGGGUAUCUGAUUCAGUGCUAACUCUUCUGUUUGCGUUGUGGGAACGGAGGAAUAUGUGGUGUUUUGAGGGUCGUUGGUACCCCUAUGAUAUGGUGCUUGCUCGAGCUACUUCAUUGGAUAUGGUGGAAGUGGCGGUGGUGGGGGGUGGCACUCACGGUCCUGCUCGAAGGAGGGGGAUGGCAGAGUCAGCUCAUCGAGUGUGGAAGCCUCCAGACCCGGGGAAAAUCAAGGUAAACGUCGAUGCUGCUUUUCCAGUGGGUUCGCUCAUGGGUUUUGGGUUCAUUGCGAGGAAUUCUCGGGGGCAGGUGUUGGCUACUGCUGCAGCUAGGUGGCCAAGGGCGUCAUCUGUCGCUGUCGUGGAGGGGAUGGCUUUGCACUGGGCUUUGCAGCUUUCUUUGGACCUUGGAUUCUUUGAGGUGGUGGUCGAGAUUGACAAUCAGCUGGUGGUGAAGGCGUGGAAGAGCUAUGGGCGUCAAUGCUCUUAUCUAGCAUCUGUUGUUUCUGAUUGUUUUAAUAUUUCUAGUGCUUUUCAUAGUUUUAAUUUGUCUCAUGUCUUACGAUCUAGCAACAUGGAAGCAGACUAUUUGGCCAAUUUUGCUUUGACAAACUAUUGUUUUGUUGGUUUGGAGGAGUACCCUUGGUUUAGCAGGUAUUCUUUCCUCAGAUUUGGGAAUUCCUAA